UUUCUCCGCUCGGAUGUGAUGUAGCAAAGUUGCUUGGACAUAUCGGAAGUCAGAAUCUUCUGCGUGGGCAGUCAAACGUAUCGCUAACAUUACGUUUAAAAGAUUUUUAAACUUGAAAGAAGUCACAUAGUUUAAGCGAAUGGCUUACCCAGGAUACGGAGGGUAUGGUGGCCAGAUGCCAGGCAUGCCAGCUCAGGGAAUGCCACCCCAAGGAAUGCCAGGUGGACACAUGGGCGGCCCUAUGGCUGGACAUAUGGGUGGGCCGAUGGGGGGCCCACCGCCACAGGGAGGCUACGCCGCUUAUGGGGGAAGUUAUCCAGGUGCAUUCGGUGCCCCGCCCCCAGCUGCCAAUGACCCAAUGUGGGGUUACUUCACAGCUAUAGCUGGCCAGGACGGAGAAAUCGACGCAGAGGAGCUUCAGAGGUGUCUGACGCAAGCCGGUUUCACCGGCAGCUACACGCCCUUCAGCCUGGAAACAUGCAGGAUCAUGAUUGGGAUGCUCGACAGGGACUUUACAGGGAAGAUGGGCUUCAAUGAGUUCAAGGAUCUGUUCGUCGCUCUGAACGGCUGGAAACAGAACUUCAUGAUGUUCGACCAGGACCGGAGUGGAACAGUGGAGCCUCAUGAAAUGAGUCAGGCGAUCAAUUCCAUGGGUGAGGAUCGCUACCGCGUCAGCCCCCAGACCCUGAACGCAAUCAUAAAGCGCUACAACAAAGGGGGCAGGAUCUACUUUGACGACUACGUGGCGUGCUGCGUCAGGCUGCGAGGCCUAACGGAGAGCUUUAGACGGAGAGACACCAUGCAACAGGGAUCUGUCACAUUCCAAUAUGAUGACUUUAUCCUGAGCACUAUGGCCAUCUAAGGGACAGAGGAGCUCGUCUCAGCCAAUGACUGUUUUUAUUUUUAUUUUUUUUAAUCAGUGCCUCACAGAAAUGCAAGGGGGGAGAGGCCAGUAUGUUAGAGUGACCGUAAACAUGCUCAUGAUGCUUCUCGUAAGGUUUUUUUCUUUUUUCUUCUUGAGUUUCAAGACGUGCUGAAAAUUGAAAAGGGCCACGCUUGAAUAUUUAAACAGGAUGUGUCCACAUUAGGAGAAAAAAUGACUUGUUAAGCCAUUAUGAAAAGGAUUUCUUUCAUGAUAAAAAAAAGACAUAUCCUAUGAAAAGACUGAAUGAUUAAAAAAAAAUGUUUAAAUGGUUCAGGCUAAGAAACAGGGAAAAAAAUAGCAGUCUCAGCAAAGUGGCCAUUUUGGGCUGUACAUCAUAAACGGGAAGAUAUCUGUAUACUCAAGACUAUAGUGCCAUUAUAACCUCUGAAUAUAUGGUCCAUCAUAAUCAAGCCAUAUUUUGAUAUUAAAUAUGUCAAGAUUGAAUGUAGUAACAUUUACAAACAUUGUUCUUAAUUUAGAUGUGAUAAUUGUCUGUUCCAUAACAUGUAGAACAGAUGUUUUUUUUUACAAUAGCUUAGUGUUUCACAUGCUAACAAGCCAAAGUCAAUGUAAGCUGUAAGCAUAUUUCUUCUUCUUCUUUGAAAAUAUCACCACAAAUACAGCCAUUGUUCUUCACUUUAACCCCCACCCCCCCACCAUGUUGAUUCUUUUUUCUUAGUCACAAUAAACACAUAUUUUUUUAAACCA